GUUUUUAACUCUCGACGAAUUGAGCGUGCUUCAGUUUAGACUGUGAUUAUUACAAGUAACUAGUUCAAAAGUGAUACUACCGUUUUAUUGCAAAAUGCGCUUAGAGUACACGAACCAUUGAACAGAAUUUUAAACUAGGAAUGGGCUGUAGUGCUGCCAAAAACAUCACAGUUGAACCGCUGAAUGGAAACAAAGUUACCGACAUUUCAAGUUUGUCGAACGGCAGUGUUCGAAAGGUGUCGAUUCCGAAGAGCGUCCCAGACGUCCCACCGCUUGAAGGAGAAGAUCCACAGACUGAAGUACUAGAAUCCGCCAUGGUUAACAAUCUUCAAAAAGGAUCAAAUGGUUUGUCAUUUGAAAUUGCAUUUGAGGAAGACAAGGAUGGGGAAAGUAUAAUUAAAAAGCAUCCACCAAAACGAUUCCAGAAGCUGGAGGAACAACAAACUAGUCCAACAGUCACUUUAGUAAAGUUACAAGAGAAACUUGAAGAAGCAGAGAUUAGAAGACAACAGAUAUUGCAGCAACGGGUUCAAUCUGCGAAAUACAGAAAUGCAUUAAAGAAGCAAGCUAGUGUUUCUUCCAUUGAUGAUGAACAUCUGAAAGUUCCUACUGAAGUUGCUCCUCAAACAACAAAUUCUUAUGAUGUAUCAUAUGUUUAACCAUAUUUUUAUCCAUAUAUAUGCAUUAGGUUUUAUGACACCUGAAUUAUUAAAGCGCACAAAUUUGUUAUUAAAUUAACAAAUACAAUUUUUAAAAGGUAAUUUUAUAAUAUUGUAUUGGAAACGGUUAUAUAUUAUAAGUAAAUAUUUUAUAAAAUAUUCA